AUGGAUUGGCUCCCCGAUUCUGACCCGUUUAUAGCUCCUAACAAUUUUGACUUAUUCGACUACGGUUUUCAGGUUCAUGAUGAAGGGCAAAUUUGCAAGGUGAUCCAGAACUGGAAAUUGGAUGAUCAAGAUGCUCAACUAAUCGAGUUAGAGCACCGAGAAAGAUGGCAGGAUUGGAUCGAGCAUUUAAAUUUUGUCCAGGGCGAGAAUGGUUCCUUCGCCAUGGAUAAUUUACCCCAAAACGGGUUCUCAAUACUCUGUAUUCCCAAGGCUCUUCCCGUGGGAGAAGGUCUACCGUCGGAGUAUACGGAUCUUCCUUUAGACGAAGACUCUUCGGAAAGUUGGGAGAAAAUAGUUCAGGCAUUUCACCUGCCUGGUCAUUUUCCAAAGCUUGCAGUAAGAAAGCAAACAUCUGUGACUUCCAUAUCUCGUACGCACCGGUUUGAGAACAGAGAGAAGAUAUGGAUGCAUACUGCAGUCACAAAUCCUGAUUUCGACGAAAACUCAUUUGCUAUGGCUGGAACCCAUUUCGAUAGGAAGAACACAACGCUUGGUGUUAUGUUCAGUUGUUCAGAUUCGCAAAUUUACAGGAUAAAGGGGCUAGUAAACACUUGGAAGGAUGCCAUAGGACAUCCUUUACUCAUGCUGGGAAUUUACGCUGAGUUACAGUUGGAUCGCCUUGUUACCAUGGUUAAUAAAAGGUAUGAUGAAUAUCAAAAGCUCAUGGAUGAUGUAGAAUCUGAAGCGGCAAACGAUGCGAAAGACCGUUUCAGUUGGAAAACGAUUAGAACUGUGAGAUUGAACCGAGAGGAGAGUAAGAAGGUUGAAGAAGAAGUCGAGGCAACGAAACUCCAAUUAUCUAAGGCUUGCUCCUCAGCCUUGAAGACGCUUCAGACCCAGAGAGAAGAAGAGCUGAAAGACGAAUCGUUGAGGGAAGAUGAAUCGUUAAUGAAAAAGGCCGAGAUCACAAACCUAUUUUUAGAGCGAUUUAACGAUAUAGUUACUAGGCUUGAUGGCUUAAGUGCUAGAUGCCGAGUAAUUGUCGAAGGUAUUUCCUUUACUACGGACAUAAUAAGGAGCGAACUAUCGAGGCAGGAAGCCCUAACCAGUACGGAGAAUUCGAAGUUCGCUACUGGGAUCUCGCUUGUGGCUAUGGUCUACCUUCCCCUAACAACAAUGGCGACGAUAUUCGCUAUGCCAAUCUUCCAGUGGUCUAACGACUGGAGAGACUGGCGAUAUCGACCAGUGGAUAAUGGAAAUUCAUCCUCUUCGGGUCCUAGUUCCGGGGCCCCAGGUGGAACAAUGGCACCACCAGUGGUGUCUGGUUAUAUCUGGAUCUAUAUUUCAAUAUCCAUUGGUUUGACCAUGGUCACCUUCUUAGUGUUCAGAUUCUAUAUGAAACUCCGAAACCGCGAUAAGAAGGUCUUGUUCAAAGAAACUCUCCUAUUUCACAACCAGAGCCAGUGGCGAUGA